AGAGGGAGAAAGAAACCUUAACACGGAAGAACAAUGGCGGUCGCGAAUCAAGAAACGGCGCCGUUUAGGAGCCGUCAACACUCCGUGAAGAAAGCGUCGGUAUACGUCGGCGAUCUUCGUCCCGACGUGACGGAGGAAGAUCUCAUCGUCAAAUUCUCCUCCAGGGUUCCCAUCGUCUCCGCCCACCUCUGCCGUUGCUCCGCCACCGGAAAAUCCCUCUGUUACGGCUACGUCAACUUCAAUUCCUGCUUCAUUGCAUCAAAUGCUCUGGCUUGCUUAAACCACACUGAUAUGAUGGGAAAGCCAAUGAGGUUGAUGUGGUUUGAGAAGGAUCAGACGCUGCGUCGAAGUGGAAUCGGGAAUCUUUUCGUUAAAAAUCUCGCCAGCUCGAUCACCAGCAGUUGCUUAGAACGUAUUUUUAGCCCCUUUGGGAGUAUACUCUCUUGCAAAGUGGCUGAGGAAAACAGGCAGAGUCGAGGUUUCGGCUUCGUCCAGUUCGAUUCAGAACAAUCUGCUACUUCUGCUCGUUGCGCCCUCCACAGAUCUGUCAUCGAUGGGAAGAAACUGUAUGUAUCUAAGUUCGUGAAGAAGACGGAAAGAGCUGUUGCGUUGGGAAAACAUGAUUUCACAAACCUUUAUGUGAAGAAUCUGUCAGAAGGUGUGACAGAGGAUUUUCUGCUAAAGACGUUUUCCCCAUAUGGGAGAGUUUCCAGUGCCGUGGUCAUGAGGGACGACACGGGAAAAUCGAGAGGGUUCGGGUUUGUGAGUUUCUCCGAGGCGGAAAAUGCUAGGAAAGCGGCAGAGGCAUUGAAUGGAGCAGUUCUCGGAUCCAAGAAGUUGUUUGUCGGAAGGGCUCAGACCAAAGCCGAAAGGUUGGAGAUCCUGAAACAUGAACUCGAGGAGAAGUUUAUUUCCGGGUUCAAGAACUCAAAGUGGUUGAAUCUGUACGUGAAAAAUCUGAGCGAAUCGAUAGACGAAACGAGGCUACGAGAAAUUUUUGGAUGGUAUGGACGAGUAAUCUCUACUAAAGUAAUGCGUCACGAGAAUGGCGUAAGUAAGGGAUUCGGUUUUGUAUGUCUCUCUAACCGUGAAGAAUCCAAGAAGGCUAAGAGAGAGCUCAACGGAACUUUCGUUGACGGGAAAUCAUUAGUUGUCCGAGUAGUAGAGCGGAAAGAGGAUCGGCUGAAGAGGUUGCAGCGUUACUUCACUGAACCAUCGGGCCAAGUCCCGGUCGGUUACAUUUCCGGGUGGCAUUUUCCACAUGUUCCUGUCCGUUUUCCCGGGCAAUGCACGUAUAUUCAGCCGUUCCAUAUCGGGCAAACCUCUUUCUACAUGGGGGGUUCUCAGUCAUUCACCUCAUACCUUCCUGUCGGACAGCAGAAGCAGAAUGGAAAUCCGCAGGACAAGCCUUCUGCUAGCUCUGGAACGAAAACCGGACAGAAACAUGGGCUUAGUGGUGAAGAAAACAGAAGUGGAAAUGCAGAAACAUCGCUAGAAGAAGCAACAUCGGUCUUGAAAGCGGCUUUGAUGAAGUCUCCUUGUUCUCGUGGCAGUGACAGCUGAAAAGCUCUAAACCCUAAGUAACCGAAGAAACCGAUUUUUUCGUUUUCCACAAGACACUUGAUAUGCGUAGUUAUUACAGAAAAAGACAGUGCAUUUUGCCAUUCCGACCAUUUUUUUGUAAGAAUGUUUGUUCAAGAAACUUCCUUCUGUGUAA